AACGUAUGUGUCAGAUGUCCCUGUUUUCAACGGUUAUAUAAUAUAAAAAAUUGGCAAAGCCGUGAUAAACGUACAAACUAUAAAAUAUUUUAAUGUUAUAUUAUCGUUAACUAUUUACUCAACGAAUAUUUUUUUUAGUUAGAAUAACCAAUUACUGUAUACUUUAUUUAAUUUAUAAUAUAUUGCAAAAUAAAUCAUAAUCAUGACUACUCCGUCAUCCACAACCAGCCAAAAACACAAAGCGUUUUCUGGGGAGCCUAUGCGAGACAAACCAGUUGAAGAUCUCGCUGGUAUCGGACCUGUACUAGCAAACAGAUUAAAAGAACAAGGAUUCAACAAAGCUUACAAUGUAUUGGGUCAAUUUCUUCUUUUACAAAUGGAUCAAGAGUUAUUCUGUGACUGGUUAAAAGAUAGCAUAAAAGCUAACUCAAAACAAUCCAAAGAUUGUCAUGCUUGCUUAAAAGCAUGGUGUGAUGAAUUUUUGUAGAUGAGUUUUGUAUUUUGUAAUAAUAAUUCUAAAUUCUUAUGUUAUGUUUUAUUUCAUUAAAAUUGUGUGUAUUCAUUAUUAAAUAUAAGUAAAAUAUUCCAUUUAAGUAUAUAACUUAUAUACAUAUAGAUAUUAACAAAUUUCAUAUUCUGUAAUUCAUUAGAAAAUAAUAAAAUGAAUACAUUAAUA